AUGUCUAGCAGAGUCUUUGUUCGUUCUUUAGCAGCUGCCGCCAAGGCGGGCGUGAAGCCUCCUAUCCAAUUGUUCGGCCUGGAGGGUACUUACGCCUCGGCUUUGUUCACCGCGGCCUCCAAGACGACGUCGAUCGAGUCUGCAGGCAAGGCGUUGGCCUCGUUGUCCAAGACUAUUGCCAAGGACGCCAAGUUGGGGGCUAUCCUAGCGAACCCUGCGCUACCAGCUGGCGACAGAACCGUGGUGGUGCAGACACUGGCCCAGAAGACCCCAGGGAUGGACGCUGCAGUGCAGAACCUGAUGCAGGUGCUAGCAGAGAACAACAGACUGAACCUGCUGCAGGGUGUGGCUGGCGAAUUCACCAAGUUGACAGACGCGCACAACGGCCUGGUCCAGGCGACUGUGACCACCGCGCAGCCUCUGGAGGGCAAGCUGUUCAGAAGAGUCGAGAAGGCGCUGGCACAGUCGAGCUUCAUCGGCGCCGGCAAGACCUUGAAGCUGGAGAACGUCGUGAAGCCAGAGAUUCAGGGCGGGUUGAUUGUGGAGGUCGCCGACAGAACCGUGGACUUGAGCAUCGCUUCCAGAAUCAGCAAGCUGAACCAGGUGCUAAAGGAGUCCAUUUAA